AUGGCAGGAGCCUCCGGUGGCAUCACUCACCGCCGUACCCGCUCGUAUCUGCCGUCACCAUUCUCUGGGGGCCGCCCCCGCAUCCUCGCUCUCCCGGUGCUGGACGAUGAUGGAUUGGAGUUUGACAUAGCCGGGGUCACCCAACGACACGAAGUGGCGCAAACUGCAGACUGUGCAUCUGCGCAAAAACAUCCAGGAUUACUGCAUCCACCACCGCGUCUGCGCUCUGGCUGUGGCCGAGGACAGAGCACCAGGCCCGGUGACCCCGAUGCCUCCAGAACGCCUCCGCAGACCGCAGCUGCAUGUCGGCGCUCUGCUGCAGCACGCGGCGGCGUCCUGCGCGACAUGAGCGCCCCCCUGUCGCAGAGACACGCUAAACGCACCGGGAAACGCAUCACCUUCUUCAGAGAGGCCGCCAUGAAGGAGGCGGGACCCAGCGAGCACGUCAUAAAGGAGGCGGGACCCAGCGAGCACGUCAUGAAGGAGGCGGUGCCCAGCGAGCACGUCAUGAAGCAGGCGGUGCCCAGCGAGCACGCCAUGAAGGAGGCGGAGCCCAGAGAAGCCACCAGCACGGUCACACACACAGACGCACAAACAGACCCACACACAGACGCACACACGUACCUGAGCUCCGUGAUCUUCAGUCCGGACCGAGGGGAGCAGAGGCGCGGGCACCACCAGCAGACCGUGACCUGGGCGCCGCAGAGGCAAGCGGCCUGGGACAGCUGGGACUACAGCGGCUACGCCUUCUCCAAGUCUGCGCAGUCGCACCAGGGCACGCUGUCUGCGCAGUCGCACCAGGCCUCAGCGUCUGCGCAGUUGUACCAGGCCUCAGCGUCUGCGCAGUUGUACCAGGGCACUCCGUCUGCGCAGUCACACCAGGGAACUCCGUCUGUGCAGUCACACCAGGGCACGCCGUCUGUGCAGUCACACCAGGGCACGCCGUCUGUGCAGUCACACCAGGGCACGCCGUCUGUGCAGUCACACCAGGGCACGCCGUCUGUGCAGUCACACCAGGGCACGCCGUCUGUGCAGUCACACCAGGGCACGCCGUCUGUGCAGUCACACCAGGGCACGCCGUCUGCGCAUUCGUAUCAGAACACGCCGUCUGCGCAGUCAUACCAGAGCACGCCGUCUGCGCAGUCGUACCAAGGCACGCCGUCUGCGCAGUCGUACCAAGGCACGCCGUCUGCGCAGUCACACCAGGGCACAACGUCUGCGCAGUCGUACCAGGGCGCCCUAAAACCGCUGAAUGCGCAGCAGACCGUGGGCGCCGUGCUGCAGCCGUUCCAGCUGGCGCCUUCAGAGGAAGCUCCAGGACAGAGCCCGCGCCGCAGCCCCCUGCGCCGCAGCCCCAUGCGCCUCAGCCCCAUGCGCCUCAGCCCCAUGCGCCUCAGCCCCAUGCGCCGCAGCCCCAUGCGCCGCAGCCCCAUGCGCCGCAGCCCCAUGCGUCGCAGCCCCAUGCGCCGCAGCCCCAUGCUUCACAGCCCCAUGCGUCACAGCCCCAUGCGUCACGGCCCCAUGCGUCGCAGCCCCAUGCUUCACAGAACCAUGCGUGGCAGCCCCAUGCUUCACAGCCCCAUGCGUCGCAGCCCCAUGCUUCACAGAACCAUGCGUGGCAGCCCCAUGCUUCACAGCCCCAUGCGUCGCAGCCCCAUGCUUCACAGCCCCAUGCGUCGCAGCCCCAUGCGUCGCAGCCCCCUGCGCUGCAGGCCCCGCAGAGCAGAGCGGAGCCGCUGCUCACGCAGCAUUUGUGGCAUGAACAAAGGCCGCUGCAGCCUCAGCGCUUCAUUGAACAAAGCAGAGCCCCUGGAGCUCAGCAUAGACCCGCUGCUCCACGUCACACAGAGCGAGGCACAGGGUCUAAGGAAGCCACAGAGCCUGGAGAACCGCUUCAUGGACACACAGGAGGAGGAGGACGACACGCAGGAGGAGGAGGACACACAGGACGAGGAGCAGGAGCAGGAGGAGGAGGACACACAGGACGAGGAGGAGGAGCAGCAGGAGGAGGACACACAGGACAAGGAGGACACACAGGAGGAGGAGGACACACAGGAGGAGGAGGACACACAGGACGAGGAGGAGGAGCAGGAGGAGGAGGACACGCAGGAGCGAGAGGAGGACACGCAGGAGCAGGAGAAGGACAGACAAGAGGAGGAGGAGGACACGCGGGAGCAGGAGGAGGACACACAGGACGAGGAGCAGGAGCAGCAGGAGGAGGACACACAGGACAAGGAGGACACACAGGACGAGGAGCAGGAGCAGCAGGAGGAGGACACACAGGACGAGGAGGAGGAGCAGGAGGAGGACACACAGGAGCGAGAGGAGGAGCAGCCACAGGUGUGA